AUGUCUCCCGCUCUCGCUCACGGUGCUGGCGCCGCCUCCAAUGAUGUCAAGAAGGAGUCUGCCGUCGCUCGUCUCCUCGGUUCCGGCUCUGCUGGUAUCGCCGAGUUGGCUGUCUUCCACCCCGUCGACACCACGGCGAAGCGGUUGAUGAGCAACCAGACUCGGAUUACCACCAUCCCCGAAUUUAAGAAGGUCGUCUUCAAGGAGUAUGCCGAUGCCUCCGCCGGUCGCAAGUUCACCUCGCUCUUCCCCGGUCUGGGCUACGCUGCGUGCUACAAGGUUCUCCAGCGUAUCUACAAGUACGGUGGUCAGCCUUUCGCUCGUGAUUACUUGGCUCUGCACUACGGUAACGAGUUCGAUAAUGCCUUCGGAAAGGGCAAUGGAAAGGCUAUUAUGCACGCCACUGCUGGCAGUUUGGUCGGUAUUGGAGAGGUUGUCCUGCUUCCUCUGGACGUCCUGAAGAUUAAGCGUCAGACAAACCCCGAGGCCUUCCGUGGCCGUGGCCUCUUCAAGAUUAUCUCCGAUGAGGGUAUGGGUUUGUACCGGGGUGCCGGCUGGACUGCCGCCCGUAACGCCCCUGGUUCUUUCGCGCUCUUCGGUGGAUCUGCUUUCGCCAAGGAAUACAUUUACGGCCUGACCGAUUACAACAAGGCCACUUGGGACCAGAACUUUGUCGCCUCCGUGGCCGGUGCCAGCGCUUCGCUGAUUGUCUCCGCUCCCCUGGAUGUGAUCAAGACCCGUAUUCAGAACCGCAACUUCGAGAACCCCGAGUCUGGAUUCCGCAUUGUGUCCAACAUGCUCAAGAAUGAGGGUACCAUGAGUUUGUUCAAGGGUUUGACCCCCAAGCUGCUGAUGACUGGUCCCAAGUUGGUUUUCAGCUUCUGGCUGGCACAGACUUUGAUCCCUGCCUUUGGUCAGGUCGUAUAG